GAUUUAUUUUUCAAAACGAAGUAACUUCCAUGUGAUGUAUUGCGUGCGACAUGCUCCAAUGCUGUCACAUGUGUGUCGGACGUGUGCACCUUGAGCCGCGUUGUCGUUUUCUGUUGGUUAAAGAGCGAAUAUUACAUCCGGUAUCCGGCAGCUAGCAGGAUGCUAACGUUAGCAAACACCGCGCGCACACACACACACACACGCACGCACACACACUUUCGGUUUGUCAACCAGUUGCCUCCAAAGGCAGUGGCAGCCUGGAGCGAGGCUGUCGUCCACUUUCACUUUCACCUUCCACGUCUUUAAACUUUAGCCUCGUCGUUCACACCUGUUGUGUGUCACCAGUCAACCACAGCACCUGUUAUUCGGCUCUGGGGACUGUCUCACCGGCAAUGCGCGGCACUUCCAGUUACAUCUGUGUUUUGGGAAGAGAGAUGUCCUCCGAUGAUGACCUCAAAGGAUGGAGAAAUGUAUGCAGUGACCCUGAACUCACCAGGAGCCAUCGCUGGCACGGCAGAGCCCAGUAGACAGGAGGAGAGGGAGGGAUCUGAAGAGGAGUGCCCAGACCAACUGUCUACAGCCCUGGCUGGCAGCAUGGGUGAAGAAGGGCCUCCCAGCCUGGAGUACAUCAAGGCCAAGGACCUGUUCCCCCAGAAGGAGCUGGUGAAGGAGGAUGAGAGCCUUCAGAUGCCAUUCGCAGUUCUUCAGGGGGAAGGGGUGGAAUAUCUUGGCUGUGCCGAUGAAGCAGUCAUUGCCAUUUCUAACUACAGGCUCCACAUCAAGUUCAAGGACUCUGUCAUCAACACCUACCCAGGUGUGGACAGUGAGAUAUCUGUGCCUCUCAGGCUCAUAGAGAGCGUGGAGAGCAGAGAUAUGUUCCAGCUGCACAUCAUCUGCAAAGACUCCAAAGUUGUCAGAUGCCACUUUGCGACGUUCAAGCAAUGUCAGGAGUGGGUCAAGCGUCUGAACCGGGCCGUGGCUCACCCGGCUCGGCUGGAGAACCUGUUCGCUCUGGCCUAUCAUGCCUGGUGUCUGGGAGGCAACGCUGAUGACGAAGACCAGCACAUCCAUCUCUGUCGCCCAGGUGACCACGUGCGUCAGAGAAUGGAAAUGGAGGUCAAAAGGAUGGGCUUCGACACACAGAACGUCUGGAGAGUGUCGGACAUAAACUGCAAUUUCAAGCUGUGCUCCAGCUACCCACAGAAGCUUCUGGUUCCAAUAUGGAUCACAGACAAGGAGCUGGAGAGUGUGGCUUCUUUCAGAUCCAUGAAAAGGAUCCCUGUGGUGGUCUACAGGCACCAGAGGAACGGUGCAGUGAUCUCCCGAUGCAGCCAGCCUGAGAUCAGCUGGUGGGGCUGGAGGAACACGGAUGAUGAGUACUUGGUGACAUCCAUCGCCAAGGCGUGUCAGAUGGCCAAGGGUACUACUACCUGUGGAGCGCUAGCCUGCCGACAGCGUGGGGAAGCUCCCGACUCCUCCGAUAGUGAUUUUGACUCCUCGCUGACAGGCGGCUCUGGCUGCGAUGAAAACACCGUCCCACAGAAGCUGCUGAUUCUGGAUGCUCGCUCAUACACCGCUGCAGUGGCCAACCGAGCCAAGGGCGGAGGCUGCGAAUGUGAAGAAUACUACCCCAACUGCGAGGUGAUGUUCAUGGGAAUGGCCAACAUCCACGCCAUCAGAAACAGCUUCCAGGCUCUGAGGACCGUCUGCAGUCAGAUCCCGGAUCCAGGAAACUGGCUUUCGGCACUUGAGAGCACCCGUUGGCUGCAACACCUGUCCGUCAUGCUGAAGGCAGCCACCCUGGUGUGUUCUGCAGUGGAGAGGGACGGCCGUCCUGUCCUGGUGCAUUGUUCGGACGGGUGGGACCGCACACCCCAGAUUGUAGCCCUCUCCAAGAUCCUGCUUGACCCUUACUACAGGACAUUAGAGGGCUUCCAGGUGCUUGUAGAGACCGAGUGGCUGGACUAUGGUCAUAAGUUUGGGGACCGCUGUGGCCACCAGGAGAACGCUGACGACGUCAGCGAGCAGUGUCCCGUCUUCCUGCAGUGGCUGGACUGUGUUCACCAGCUGCUCAAACAGUUCCCAUGCCUCUUUGAGUUCAACGAGGCCUUCCUGGUCAAGUUGGUGCAGCACACGUACUCGUGUCUUUACGGGACCUUCUUGUGUAACAAUGCUCGCGAGAGGGAGAUGAGGAACAUCUACAAACGCACCUGCUCCGUGUGGUCUCUGCUUCGCAACGGAAACAAGAACUUCCAGAACUUCCUCUACAUCCCCAGUCAUGAUAUGGUGUUGCAGCCGGUGUGCCACACGCGAGCCUUGCAGCUGUGGACAGCUGUCUACCUGCCCACCUCGUCCCCCUGCACUGCUGUGGACGAUUCUAUGGAGCUCUACCUCCCCCCGAGUGUCACAGGAGAUGAACUCACCUCCCGGUCCCUGGACAGACUUCCCAAGACCCGCUCCAUGGACAACCUGCUAUCAGCUUUUGAGAACGGGAUGCCCCUGACACGUACUUCCAGUGACCCAAAUCUCAAUAAGCACUGCCAGGAGGGUCGCUCUGCCCCAGAAUCUUCACCAGCCAUGGAAGAAACCUCGGCAGACAUCUCCGAUGAGCUCACGGCUGACACUGGACUGGACAGCAGUGACGGGGAGCCUCUGGAACAGAGUCCUGCGAAGACCCCAGAGUGUCCCCCAGGUGCAGAGAGCUGUGAAGACGCAGUGGAGGAGCCCUGUCUCACCACACAGCCCCUGCCCUAUUUGCCCCUUUCCCCGGUCCUUCUCAGUGAGGACGUCACACUCGCUCACACUCCCUUCCCCGCUCCUGUCCUUCAACAGGCUUUGCCUCCGAUCACUAACCCUCCACUCCCACCACCUCCGCUGGAGGCUGAAAACACCACCAGGACUGCGGAAAGCACCACGUCACCCGCUCAUAGAUCAGAGCCGUGCUUAUCUCUCCCCUGCAAGGGCACCGAAUCUGAAGUCGCAGCACCCACCCCGCUGCUGGCCGACCACACUGACGGCCUAGCAAAUGGCCUCCAGAUAUCCACAGACCUGCUGGUUUUUAAGCAAACACCACUCCAUCCCAUGGAGGACUCCACAGAGACGCUCACGGGUGAGGGAGAGCUUCCCCCCGCCCUGCCUCUCACAGCGAGCCGGGACCUCACUGAGAAUAGUUAUGAUGAUGAUGAUGAUGAUGAUGAUGAUGAAGAGGAGGAGGAAAAGCCUGAGCCACAGACCCAGGUUCAACCCCAGAAAGGGAAAGAGUCCACAAGGACAGAUGUAGUGAAAGUAAAAGAGUGUGUGUUAACAGUUGCAGUAGCUCCUGUAGACGGCAACCAGGCGGCACCUCGCCACCUGGUCUCCCAGAGCCAGCUCACAGACCUGUCCCUGCUCGGCUCCCACUGGGAGAGCGUCCAGGGUCUGGUACAGUCCGCCUGCAGCAGUGCCAGCCACUAUGGCGUCAGCCAGGCCUUGCAGCACAACACCUACCAGAGCCGUCGGCUUGCCAGUAAGCUGCUCCGCUCCCAGGGCUUCGCCAUCGCCAACGGGUCACAGUGCUGCCGCAGAGACGCUCUUUGUCAUCCCAGCAGCCCUCUGCAGGCUGGGUGGCUGUCCACUGCCAGGAAUGCAGGCUACACCGCCGCCGCCGCAGCCCUGAACAGCUACUCCUUGGCAGGGCAUCAGCUCCUGCCCGUGUCGUACUCCUCGCCCUCUGCUUCCAGCUCCCCUCCCCCACCCCAGGCCCCAGCUUACCUCGAUGACGACGGGCUCCCGGUGCCCAUGGAUGCCGUGCAGCAGAGACUGCGGCAGAUCGAGGCAGGCUACAAACAGGAGGUGGAGGUACUGAGGCAGCAGGUGCGACAGCUGCAGAUGAGGCUGGAGAGUAAACAGUACAGUACCCCUCCCUCGGAGCCCGACAUUGACUACGAGGACGACAUUACCUGUCUGCGGGAGUCGGACAACAGCAACGAGGAGGAUUCUUUGUCCACCCACAGUGAGGACCGUCUGUCUGAGGGCAGCUGGGAUCGAGUGGAGCGCAAGGACACAGAGGUCACAAGGUGGGUGCCUGACCACAUGGCCUCCCACUGUUUCAACUGUGACUGUGAGUUCUGGAUAGCCAAGAGACGUCAUCACUGCAGGAACUGUGGCAAUGUGUUCUGUAAAGACUGUUGUCACCUGAAGCUGCCCAUCCCAGACCAGCAGCUGUAUGACGAGGUGUUGGUCUGCAACACCUGCCACGACCUGCUUCUCGAGGCUCGCAACCGCGAGAUCCGCAGCCAGCAGCUCAAGAAGGCCAUCGCCACAGCCUCCAGCUGAGAGAAGUGUUGUGUAGCAUGGCCCGCCUCGGCUCUGUCCGGCUCCUUUUGGACUGGUUAGCUGAGCGCCCCGUUGUAAUCCCCAACCCACUGUGGUUUUGGCUGCAGGGGGAGAGGGGAAGCUGCAGGAAUUCUUGCUCUUUGGGAGGCUCGGUUUGGGAGCGGAGAUGCUCUGUGAGACGGUCUGAGAGGAGGAGGAGGAGGAGGAAGAAAGGUGUGAGAUGGAGGAGAAGGAGGAGGAGGAGGAAAGGUGUGAGAUGGAGGUGUGUCGGCGGGGGAGGUUUUCCUGGAGAACAAAACCUUCUGUUCAAAGACAUUUUCAGCCUGAAGCACUGAGGCGUCGAGUGGCCUCCACACAGCUCGGUCCUCUAGCGGUGCCCUGUCCGAGACACAUCUCCACCCUGUCCACCCCAUUAGAGUCACGCACCUUUAGUACCAAACACCUGCACCCUCCUUAUAGACACAGUCUCGUACUUCAGAGGACAAUCUAUCACCCUUCCACGUGUCGGGGACUUCAAAGCCUUUACCUGUACUACUGGAGGCUUUCAACUUUAAAAGAAAAAAAAAUUGCUGCUACAGUAUUUAAAAGUCUAAUUUUGUAUUCUUAUUUUGUGCACUAGCUGUUGUGUAUUUGAGGGGAUUUGAGACCAAACUUGAGCAAAAAGGGAGAAAUCUGCUGUUUACUUAGUCAUUGCAUCGUAUUCUUGGAGCCUGAAUGUAAUACGUAAUGGAUAACUGGAUCGAGUUUAUGUUCAUGUGCAUUUGGUGGGUCGUAUAUGUGUGUUCAUUGCUGCGAUGUGUUUUCAAAAUGAUGUAUAUGCACAGUCAAUGUGGUUCCGUCUUUAUCAAUGCUUUUCUCCAGUAUAGCCACGCCGUGGCAUUCGACGCUCUGAGGGAUGCGCGUGCGCCGAUGGAUGCGGCGUUGCCCGUUUGUUUGUUUUGUGGGAAGUGUGCUUGACGUGUUGAGAGGAAGAGAACGCGGUAACGUUGGGCAAAGCAGAUUUCUGUAAUAUCUACUUCUGAUGUGAGAAUAUUGCAUUCGAAGGUACAGUUUGGCGUUCUGUGGUGGAGAUGUGUGAAUGAAAGGUGUCCACCUGACUGAUGACGCCUCCUCAGAUCGCUAACUGGCGGUGAAGGCUGCGCGGGAAAAGACUGAACAAAGUGCUUUGAGUUUCUUGCUCUGCUUAGGGGAGUUUGGCCACAGUCCUUUUUAAAAAGAUGCGUCUACUGGUUGUUGAGACGAUGGUGCCAUAUUACGUUCUGUCUAAUUUUACAGCCUUUUUUUCUCAUCUGGAUGGCAGCAGGUUUCUAAUUGGUCACCUAUCUCUUUGUUUUAAUGGUACAGAUAGUUAGGAGCUUGAUUGAGACGACUAAAGAUUAACAGAUGGGUCCGAUUGAUAAUGAGGCUAACCAUUUUAAUGGAUGAUGGGAUGUCACUGAGUUAUUUAACCUGUGUGGUUAUCCAUUGUUCUUUUUCACACGGUGUUCAUGAAGUCAAAAUCUGUAAGAGGAACUCAGAAAAUGUAACAUACAGAGGUUUCUGAUCUGUAGUGGUGGCUAAAACAUGUCACUUAAUGAAUAAUUGUUGUAAAGAAAUGCACUGUAAAAGUUAAAUCCCAUGGGUUAAAAUAAAAGAUUAUAUCCUGGA